AUGACGGGGAAGGAAGGGGCUGUGCUGACGGAGAGUAUGAACAAGCCGAAAAUAGUUGAAAACGGUGGGAAUAGUAACCCGCACUUGUCAAAGAGCAUUACAUCACACGCACCCAGGUGCACAGGCUUCGGCAUCCAGGAGAUUUUGGGGUUGAAUAAGGAGGCGUCAUCGGCGCCUCGAAGCGCUCUGGAUUCCAUCCCCGGGGGCGCGCACUUGCUGGCCGCGCGCUCCGUGCUCGGCCCCGCCGCCGUCGGGGUUGGUAUGGGAUUCAUCGGCCACGGGGGUAUUCCGUCCUUCUACAGACAGCCCUCGUUUCUGGAGGUCCUGUCAGACGCGCAGAACGUCCAUCUCCAACCUCUCAACAAGACAGCACCUCAGGAGGCCGGAGGGUCUGCCAGCUCAGACUCAGAGGAUGUUUCUUCGAGUGAACGAAACACAUCCAAGUCUUCCCUGGGCCAGAGCAAGAAGCGAAAGAAGAGGCGACAUAGGACAAUAUUUACAUCGUAUCAACUGGAAGAACUGGAGAAAGCUUUUAAUGAAGCUCACUAUCCCGAUGUGUACGCCAGAGAGAUGCUGGCUAUGAAGACUGAACUACCAGAGGACAGAAUACAGGUCUGGUUCCAGAAUCGUCGAGCCAAAUGGAGAAAAAGGGAGAAGUGUUGGGGCCGCAGCAGUGUGAUGGCUGAAUAUGGGCUGUACGGGGCCAUGGUGCGCCACUCCAUUCCUCUUCCAGAGUCUAUACUGAAGUCUGCCAAGGAUGGAAUUAUGGAUUCCUGUGCCCCUUGGCUACUAGGGAUGCACAAAAAAUCACUGGAAGCUGCGUCAGGCACAUCGAACCGGAAGCCAGACAUCCCUCAGCAUCCAAACACCGUCAACAUUGACGAUACUGAUGCUGAGGACAGGAGGAGCGACUCGCCCAUGUCUAAAGAGGAGCUGAGGGAGAACAGCAUUGCUGCUCUCAGGGCCAAAGCACAGGAGCACAGUGCCAAAGUGCUGGGGACAGUGUCUAGCAAGAAACUUGAGCAUCAAACACAGGAGGAAAUGGAGGAGAAGUCCAGUGCGGAACAUUCAGACUCCCAAGAAGAGAAAGAGAGCUCUUAGAGAUACACUUAUAACCUUUGGUCAGACAGCAUUGUGUCUUUCUGUAGCUUUCCUUUGAAAAAAUCUUGAUUAUCUCUACUGUAUUUCCUCAGAAACCAUAAGCAAGCAGUGGAUCUCCUCUAACUUAGCUAGCGCUAUUUUCCGUUUCUCACUUAGAGCCUCAGCUAUAUUUUAAAUGAUACGUUCAUGUAUUCGUUGGAAAAUACAGAAAGCAUGACAUGCUAAGGUUUAUUUUUAUUUUAUAUGAUCUACUUACCACUAAGUGUCAUUCAGUUCUAUAAGAAACAACAAUCUGAUCAUAUUUGGUGGUGUGUUUCCAAGAACUCAAACUAUAUGGAACACCAAUAACAUGUUGUUCGAACUUAUUCAACCUAAUUUAAUAAAUAUAUUUUAUUACUGCUCUAAAAAGAACCGUUUUAAAUCAUCUAAUGUUUCUCUAAAAGUCUGUACACUAUGUUUCUUUUUUUAACGCACUUAGUGGUUGGUUCAUAAGUUGUAUUAGAAUGUAAUGCUGUACAUAUUGUAAAUAAAGAUAGCUUGCUACAGUAUUGUUUGAAGUACUUUAAUGUACUGUAGGC